ACUACAAAUUCAUUUCCUGUACAGGUGUCAGGGGAAUGUAGAAAUUUAGAUUGUAGCUGUAACAUCAAUGAUGCAAAUUACUCUUCACAAUGAAUCUAAACAGGAAUGUUUAUUGAGUGGGUUUCUUACUAUGUAGCAUUUCCUAAUCAGUAAUUACAUAGUGAUUUCUUUCACUCUUACAGAUAAGCGAGUGGAAGAGCAUAUAUGAGUCUUCUCACCCUAAUGAGAUGGAACUACCAGACCCAUGGGAGAAUCUUUUGACUGAUUUUCAGAAGUUACUGAUACUACGGUGUAUAAGACCUGACAAGAUUAUUCCUGCAGUCCAGCAAUUUGUCACUGAUAAGAUGGGUCCCACAUAUAUAGAUCCUCCAACCUUUGACCUGCAGCAUAGUUACAUGGGCUCCACGUCUAAUACACCAUUAAUAUUUGUUCUGUCUUCUGGUGCUGAUCCUUUAGCAUUAUUAAUGAAAUUUGCAGAAGAAAAAGACAUGGGCGGUAUUAAUCUUCAGACUAUUUCUCUGGGCCAAGGCCAAGGUCCUAUUGCUCGAAAAAUGAUUGAAAAGGCAGCAGAAGAAGGAACUUGGGUCGUGCUUCAGAACUGCCACUUGGCCACAAGUUGGCUCACAGAGCUUGAACAUAUCUGUGAAGAAGUGAUCACAGAUCCUGAAAAGACCAAGUCUAGCUUUCGCUUAUGGCUGACUAGUUACCCCUCCCAAGAUUUUCCUGUAUCAGUCCUACAAUAUGGAAUAAAGAUGACCAAUGAACCCCCAAAGGGACUAAGGGCAAACCUGCUCAAGUCAUACCUCAGUGAUCCAAUUUGCAAUCCAACUUUCUUUAAUGGCUGUAAUAAACCAAAGGUAGGCUUCUUUUACUGUGUCAGUGCAUUCAACAAGCUCAUUAGUGUCUAGGGCCAACAUUCAUAAAGCUUUACUGGAAAGGAGGACAAUUGAUGUUAAAACCGGUAUCAAUGCGGUAUUCAUUAGUGACUUCAAUAGUUAUGCUUUUCAGUUCCAAAUAAUAUGUGGUUAGUUAACUAAUAAAACCCUUUGUUGCUGGCAUUCAGUGCUUAGUUAAAAUGCUUUCAAUAGGCGCUCUGUGGUGAAAAGAGGAGGAGCUCUUGUGUCAAGAAAUACAUGAAUUUAUAAUGGCAAUUUAUUUUCUAGGAAGGUUUAGUUUAAUAAUUAUCUAUACAAAAGAUCUCCAUAGUUGUAGUUGUCAACCUGUUGCAAAACAACAUUAAUCUUUCUGAUUUGGCCAUAUGUGUCUUGAUUCAAAGUUAUAACAAAUGCUGUUUGGUUUUAAGAUGAAGUGCAGGUAAAAACAAAUACUGUGUAAAUACAAGAAGCAUGUGUAUUCUUGCUUGAAUUUUGGUGUCUAUGGGGGUCUAUGGGGUUA